CACGACACAGGACGGGACAGGAGGGCAGCGGCCGCCUUUCUCCUGCCCAGGGCGGUGGGGACGGCCCGGGCAUGCGCUCCCCUGGCCGCAGCUCCCAGGGGUGCGGGUGCCCGCCUGGGGUCCCCUUCCCGCAGCCCUCCCCGCCCAGGGCCGGCCGGUGCCUGAGGGGCGGGCGGUGAGUGACGGCGCCAGCGGGCGGGGAGCGACGAGGGAGCCGCGGGGCUGUCGAACGGGAGCACCAGGAAGGAGGGCGGCGGGGCCCGGGGUGAGGAAGGGCUGUGGUGUGCCUGCCCUGCGCCCGCAGCCUUGCCCCCGCUUCUCUUCUCCCCGGAGCUCGUCGGCGGGGCCGAGGACGCGACGCGUGCCGGGAACGUGCCGGAGCUGAGGCGGCGGCGGCUGACAGAUGGAGCCCGACGGCGCGGCUGCAAAUCAGACACAAACAGAAUCUUCACCUUCAACUCCCAACACUGUGUCACCAGUGCCAUUAAAUAAUUCAACCGGUGCUCCAAGGUUUGGAACAGUUACUCCAAAUCGCAUCUUUGUAGGUGGAAUUGAUUUUAAGACUAAUGAAAAUGACCUGAGGAAGUUUUUUGCUCAGUAUGGCUGUGUGAGAGAGGUGAAGAUAGUAAAUGACAGAGCUGGAAUAUCAAAGGGGUAUGGCUUCAUUACUUUUGAAACUCAGGAAGAUGCACAGAAGAUACUACAAGAGGCUAAAAAGCUUAGUUAUAAGGAUAAGAAGUUGAAUAUUGGUCCAGCAGUAAGAAAACAACAAAUACGGAUUCCUCGUUCUACUGUAAUACCAGAAUCUGGUACGAUGUACUUGACUACUUCAAGUGGAUAUCCUUAUAUUUACCAUAAUGGAGUGGCUUAUUUUCACACUCCUGAAGUUGCUUCUGUUCCACAGCCAUGGCCAUCACGCUCUGUUUCCAGCUCACCUAUGAUGGUAGCUCAACCAGUUUAUCAGCCUCCUACUUAUCAUUAUCAGGCACCAACACAGUGUCUUCCAGGUCAGUGGCAGUGGUCUGUUCCACAGUCUCCUGCUUCUUCACCUUCGUUUUUUUAUCCGCACCCUUCUGAAGUCAUUUAUCAGCCAGUAGGGAUUGCCCAGGAAGGUGGUUGCGUACCUCCUCCUUUCCUUCUAGUGGAAGCUGCAGUUCCAGAGCCAUAUUCUGAUCAUGGAGUUCAAGCGCCCCAUCACCAGCCUUACGCCCAGAGUGCCAUAGCCAUGCCUGCACCUGUGAGUCAAACUAAGCCAGUUAAAGAAUCAAGAUUGCAUUCUGUGAGAAGAAAUUUUUUACAUCAUCCGUCUGUGAGUCUCAAACCUCGAUAUACAUGAAGUCCCCAUUUUCGUCCUAGAAAACAGGACAGAAUGGAAGAUGAAGUAUGCCAUCUUCUUCUACAGAUUCUCUAAAGUGUCUUUUUAGGUAUUCAGUUUGCUAACGCACCUCUGACGUGGAGGAUACGUAGUUCCUAACUUCUGCCAUUUGCCGGAGCGUGCCUAAAUUUAAAUGCCAUAGUGUUUUGUAAAUAAAUAAAAUCAAAUUUUGUAGUUUUGACAGGUAAAUACAUGAAAUUGUGAUUUUAUCCUACAUUUCCUUUUCUUAAUAAAAACACUUCACAGGCCAAAACUGUAACUUCUGGUAUACAGCCUAAUGUAUAAACAUCGGUUACUAACAUAGAUUGAAAAAUGGCAUACAAGUUAUUAAACAGAAAAUUUCACAUUUAGUUUCUGUACUAUAUAAAUUUAAAAGGUCCUUUAAUUACAGUGGAAAAGCCAUUUUCCCACAUAUACAGUAGCAGCAUCUGUGUGUUACAGAUAUUUUUUUUAAUCUAUGUGCAUUUUGUUUCAAUUCCAAGAACUUUUGUGCAUUUCUGGUGUUUUUUGUAUUGUUCGGAAUUCUCUGUUCUUAAUAAGUUGUCUUUACAUGUGUGUCAUUUUAGUGCUUGGGUAGAGUAACUUCUUAAAAUUUGGACCACUAGUUGAAUAAUUGCUUAUUAUUGCUGAUGGUGACAUUUUUCUUAUAUGGUAAGCAGUAUAUUUGGCUUUAUGAAAACUUGAAAACAUUUGAAAAUUUCACUUCUCUGCUUUGAAUUUUUCUGUUGUCUGAGCAAGACUUAGGAACUCCUUUACAAUGUAAUGAGAUUGAAUACUUACUUCUCCUCAAUUGCAAGAAAAUAUUUUUCUUCUUUUUAUCCUUGCUUCUCCUUUCAUCACGCUAGGAUACCUUAUAUAUUUUGUAAAACUUGGGUUCCUAAAAGGUUAAAAUAUAACCUUUGUAUUUAAUAGGAAAACAAGCUAUGGGUUAUUGCUUAUAGUAGCAUUGACAUCUUUAUAUAUGUAAAAUAUGCUGGUUUAUUUUUGUUUGGUAGUUUGUUUUUUUUGUUUUGAUUCUUAAUCACUUAGGGAUCUUACACAGUGGGCAUUAUUGUCAGUCAAUGUAAGUGUAAUAUGUAAAUAUCUUAAAAGAUGAUUCUAGCAGUCACUAUUGUGCAGGAAAAGAGGUGGAAACUGGUGCUGUUCUUACAGUUGUUUGAAAUUGUUCUGGAAGGAGAUGCCAUGUACUUAGUUGCAUGUUUACUCAAGUUACUUUAUACCUUUACUAGGUAGAAAAAAAAAUCUACAUGAUUUAAACAUGAUUUGUUUUUAAAAAAAUGUGUUGCUGUGGAAGCUGUUGAGAUCGUUUUGCCCAACGAGUAUCAGAUAUUUGCAAGUUACUGUGUCCACAGGGAUAUCAGCAUAUUUCUGAGGGGCUAAAUAGCUGCUGCUCUAGUUUGUCAUGUCUUUGAGCCAAAAAUAUCUGUCCAGUUAUUCUUCUGUUUUAUUUAGAUUUUAGAAUUCAUCGUUAGAAAUACUACAGAAAUUUUGGCACAGCCUCACAAUAACUUAUUUCCAUGAGAGAAUUUUUAUGUAGUAAAUCUUUCUGUAAAUGCUAUGCUGUCUCUGAAGCUGCCAAAAGAAAGUUGUGUGUUCUGUUAGAGGCUUUUUUCUUGGAUCAUGAAGCAAAUGCACAUUUGAGCCACAAUGUGGAAGAGUUAGUCCUAAAUCCUUAUUUUGGGGAUUAGCAGUUUCAGUUUACUAAAUAUAACUUCCCUGUUCCUAGAGUGGUUUAGGGAUAGAAGAGGUAAAUUUCCUAACAAAUUCUAUAUUGAAAAUGUGCUCACGGGGAAGUCUUUUAAACUAAUAGCUUGAAAAUGUGUAAAUAUUCUGCAGUCAUUAACACAUCUAUCAGCUUAAGUUGCAUCUAAUGCAAAUACAAAAUGUCCUUUAUUUCUGUUUAUUGGAACAGAUGUUAGAUUGUUGCUAAUGAGUUGAUUCCAUGACCUUUGCUUCAAAGAACAUUUACUUCGUUUUUACUUCCAUAUGAACUUGAUCAUUUGGAAGGAUAUUGAGCAUUAAGAACAGAAGUCUACCCACAGUGUUCUGCUGCAAGGUCUAUAACUUCAGUCUGGAGGUAUCAGUUGUUAGGAUUAUAUCACCAGGUCUUAACAAUGCUUCAUUUUGUUCUGACACCUAGAAAACACCAAGAUGAACCACUGGUAGGUGGUUUUCCUUCAGGAAAAUGUUGAAACAUUGAUGGUUCUCCAUUCAUAUUGUAGUUUACCUUUCUUUAAGAUGUCUGCCAACAAUGAAGGCAUAACAUGAAUUACUGGUAGCUAAACCUUUAAGCUCUCAGUAGUUGAAAUCCUAUUUUACUAAUUCAGGUACCUCAAUUGUGUCUGACUUCUGUAAUUUAUUACAGGAAUACACUCAUUUACACUAAGAAGACUACACGAUUUUCUCACAGGUGGUGUCUAUUAUUUUGAUACUGUAGCUUCCACGAUUUUUAAAAUCUCAUAGGCUACACAGUAUUACCUUCCUACGGCUUAAAAUUUUCAUAAAAAUUUUCAUUAAAAAUUUUUCAAAAUUUUCAUAAUUCAUAUACUUCUAUACAGAAUUCAUCUAGUUAAGUGCAGAUAUUUAGAUUCCUCCCUGUGAUUUUGGGUUUGGAGAAGGGUUAACGUCUCCUUUGGACCUCUGUAGUUUCCCAUUGGUAGCUGUAGGAGGGUUCAGAUUAGGAAUAGGGUCCCUGGACACUUGGUAGCUGAUGGCAAAUAAUCAUCUUUGUCUUUGUGCACUGCUUGUCACAUAGUAGCAAACCAAAUUAAUUUUCUGAUUUCCAGUUCCUGAGAAUUUAGUGACCCUUGCUAGUAUUGUUUAUUUUCUACUGAGCUAGCUGUUACAGUGUUUUUAGCAACUGUUGUUUGUUUAGUGAUAUAUUUACAUGGUCAAGUGCUAAUUCUGACAUUCUGUUAAGUAAUGCUGGCUAACAACCUGUAGAUAUACAAAAUUUAUCUCUCCCUUGUGUUUUUAUGUAUUUGAUCAAGGAUUGGUUCUUGCAUUAAGUAGAAUUUUCUGGUUCCCUAAAGUUUCGAGUUCCUGCUACUUCUAAUCUUGAGCACCAGAAGUCCAUUCAUCAUCCCUGUAAAACUGUUUACAUAUUUCAUAUUAAAGUGAUUAUUUGUAUUCUGAAAUGUGUUUUUCAAAUAGUUCAGUCAAUGAGGAAACUACAUUCCAAUAUUAACUGAGCAAAACCUCGCAGAAUACAUGGCAGAAUACAUAGUUUUUAACAGUUUGUAAAUGUAAGAAGUUGUAAGGGUGUGAAAUAGUGGGUGUUUGGUUGUUGUUUUUUACUGUAAAAAUUACAGUAAAAUAGAUUUCUAGCUUUGUAAUGUUGAGCUGUUACAGUAGUUUAAAUUCACCUGGUAUAAAAUUUCCUUUGGUUCUGUUUCCUAUUUAAAAGAUACACAUAGUAAAUCAAUACAUUAAAGGUCUAAAAUAUAAUGUUAGUGUCUCAAUACGCAUAUACAAUCCUGUACAUGGUAGGCAAAUCUUUAAAGCUUUUAUUCAGAAAAUCCAAAUAGAAAUACAGAAAGCAAAACAGUAAUAUGUGGCUCUAAUUUUAACAAUGUUUAGUAUUGAAGCUAAUAUGUAGUGGGGAAGUACGUGUCUUGUUAGACACAUACUUGUCUCUGUAGACUUCUUGAGCCACAAAUAAUUAGAAAAUAUUGAAAUUAAGUUUGAGGGCUUCCUAUGGUCAUUUUACCCCUCUGUCCAUCGGUGGAGCUCUAGUCUACAUAAGUGUGUAUAUUAAAUGUAAGCAAAAUGCUGUUCAUAAAAUUUCUAAUUGUUUUUUAAUCAGAUUAGUAAACGAGGACAUCCAGUUUGAUUUGAAAAUGCAUGAUUUUAUUUAACUGAGUAGUUUCAUUCAAUACUGUAUUGCAGGUUCAGAGGAUCUAGUCCAUUGUAGCCUUGUUAAAUGAGAUACUGUGGAUGUAUAUAGAUAAAUGUGUAAUAAAUUCUUAGGUCUUUUGUUAGAGAAGUGUUCAUGGCUUCAUAAAUCCAAAGCUCCUUUUGUUGAAGCUGUUUGUGAUGCAGCAGUAAGCAAGAAACAAACAAAGUUUCUGUGGUUUGUAACUUCUAGUAAAGUUCUGCUUUGGUAGCUGAAAGUUUAAUGCAAAUACAUUGGUCCCUGUAUACUGUUUGAAUUGUAAUUUGUUUAUUUAAUUGUAGCAUACAUUAAUAGUUGAAACAGUUCUAGAAAAAUGUGAAAAAUUGAAUUGAUGAGCUUUUAUCAUUAAACUAAGCUUCUGCAGUCAUCAAAACAAACUAUUGUCAUCUAAUUCUACUUUUUAGAAUAUUUAAGUUAAAUAUUAAUACAGAAAACCUGGCAUUUCUGCUCGAAGCUAACAUGUUUAACAAGACUGUUGUUCCUGUUGCAUUCACAAAAUUGUUCAUUUUAGGGGAAGAAAAAAAAAAGAUAAAAAGACCUGUGUGAGACAAGAUAAAAGGGGUGGGUCAAAGUGGUUGUAGUGAAAUGAUUCUACAGAAAAUUAACUAAAUGACAGUGCUUUGUUUUAGUUUCUCUUAAAAAUAAUAGUUUUAAUAGUUCUUGAAGGUAGAGAUGUGAAAAUUAUUUGGCUAUUGAAUUGCAGUAUUUUUCGUAUUUUUCUAAUGGAAUUUUUUUUUUUUAAGUGUUUUUUUCUCAUUGUCCUUUCCCAAGCAAAACCUUUACUUUUUCCUGGAGUCAUAAAAAUUAAAAAAAGUAACCCUAAAAAGAAAUACAGAGAGGGACUAUGAAGUGCAAAAUUGUUGCGAUUUGUGAAUAAUAUUACUUAGUUAAUGCACUGUCUCUGAUUCCUGUAGUUGCUCAGUUAGCCUCAGGUUUUGGAGCUAUUUGACUAAUUUAGCUCUGGUUUCUAAUUCAUCUUCCUGAGUCUUAGUAUUUCUGUCCUCUGCUAAAAACAUUGUGUCAGGGAUGACUACACUGUAGCAGAUGAUCAUGCUUAUUUUUCUCAGUAUUGCUCAAAUACACCUUUGUAAGCUGCAAUCACAGCUGCUAAGAAAAGCUGCUACUGGGAAAUUUUCUUGGUCCAAAUGUUAUUUUACAUUUUGGCUUUGGCAGGGGAGCUAAGAGUAAACUGUUUUGUUUCUUGCUAGUUGAGUCACUUUGGGGCCUGGUGAAAUCUUUAUAAACAGAAGUGCUUUAUUCUGUAGGUAAUUGGUACAUUUUUAAGGUAUUUGUAUUUCCGAUGAUCGCAACUCUUUAACCUACACAAUAGAAAUGGUUCUAUUUUUCUAUAGAAAAGGCUGUGCAGCUUGUAAUACCUGAAUUUAUUCCAGGUAAGCUCAUCAGCUCAAGUGUUAGAGUGAAUAAUCUCACAGAAGUGCUCUUGGUGAUGGAGACUCCAGCUGGUUCUAAAUCACUUGGCUGAGGAGUUACUUCCCACGACUGUGAUACCACUUACAGAUUUCAUAGGCCUUCUUAGGAGUCCAGCUUCAGUUUCCCAUUUCAUCAGAAUGAAAACUGUUACGGGAUCCUGGAAGCUUUUCACAGAGGCAGAGUCACUUUGGGUUAAUUGCCCCACGGUUUGGUCAGGCCGUGGCCUAUCUCUGUUUGCCUUUUCAGAAGUCUAAAACUGAUGCCGAGCUUGGAUGAGUGAGUCUCAUGUGCUCUUCCCGUGGGAGCUGCUGUGAGUGACACACCUCAGUGAAUCCCAGCAUAGGGUGGGGACCUCUUCCUUCCCUGGUACCACUUCCCAGAACCUUUGCAUUUUGAGUCACUGCAGCGGGCAGUUUUGCUGCAGAACCUUGUUGCAAAAUGGAUCUAAAAACAAAACCCUUCUUGAAGCACCUUUUGAAGCCAGAAAUGUUACAAACUUGUUUCUCUCCGAACAGGUCCAGGUGUCUUGGUGCAGAUUUGAACUCCUGUGAGGAAUACUGCUCAUUUUGGUUUUGUUUUGUUUCCUUUGUUCUGCUGUGUGCUCAAUCAUUGCAUUGGUUCAGUCCAGAGACUUCUGAGUCAAGUCUUUAAUAGUAGCUAUUGACGGAUUUCCAGUUUGGAAGUUUGUAACUACUUGACUAAUCUGGGGUUACCUAAAAUAAGGAUCAUCAUUUUUAUCCGUAAGUGUUUCUGCAUUGGUGUCAAAAAGGGUUUGUUUAUACUGUGAAAAAUGCUGUCUCGGAGAGAGGUUUGGAAUCUGAUUUAGGCCUUGCUACAAAGAGUUCAAAUUACAGCAUUCUGGCCUCAUUUAAAAACAAAGCUAUCUUCAGUUAAAUAAAAAAACAAAAAAAAAGCAAACAGCUGGCAACUAGACUAGUGU